AGACGACCCAACAGCGAGUGACACCGAAUUGAAGGAACACUGUUGAUCUGUGAUACAAAGCAACACGGCUCUCUGAAUUUCCGGGCUUCAAUGUGCCUCCGAUUAGGGGAGGAAUGCUGCGUUGCAGUCGACGUCGUGGUCGGGAGAUAACAGCGGGAGAGUUGCGUCUGUCAGCGCUUAUCACGAGAGCAUUAUUAAUUAUCUGAGCAAUUAUCUGUUACAUGCAACCGCUCGGUAGCUGGAUAAACUAUCAUAUACUGGAGUAAAUAACACCUUCUCUAUCCUGUGUACUGCUCAGUUGUUCACAGGAUUAGGAAGAUUUUCCAUUGCUUGCAUGAUACAGGCAUAGUAGAACCCUCUAUCCUGGGUACUAGUGAGGGUUUUCCAGGAUAGAGGGUUUUAAGUAAAGGCAGCGUAAAAACUUCUCUAUCCUGUGUUCUGCUCAGUAGUGGCACAGAGACAGAUGUCCAUUCCUUGGACCAGAGCAGGAUAACUGUUCUGAAAUGGUCACAUGAUCUCCCUCGGAUUCUCUAUCUCACAGUCUCUCUCACUCACUCCUGCCCCCUCCUCCUGCUUCACUUUCUCUCUCCUUCCUCCUCCUUCCUCCUCCUCUCAAUCGCCGUCGCUCUGACUUGUCCGCUGUGUUUACCCGUUGGUGAACGGGGCUGACUGCUGGCCGCCUGCUCCGUCACUGGUUGGGUUUUCUUUCCGAGCAUGUGAGGAAAAGAAGAUAAUAUUUCCCCCUUGUGCUGAACGGGAGCUGGACGCGAUGCCUUCUGCUGUCUCCACCCUCGCUAAUGCCUCUCCUCCAUAAUCACACCUUCUGGCUUCCAUCUGACGGAGCCGUCAAUCGGCUGUAACCUAAGCUCCCGGAGAGCGAGCGGAGCGGAGGGCAACAUGUACUCCCUGGAUGACUUCGGUGAGCAGAGCAUCUGCCAGGCCCGGGCCUCCGUCAUGGUGUACGACGACGCCAGUAAGAAAUGGGUUCCCAUCAAGCCGGGGCAGCAGGGCUUCAGCCGCAUCAACAUCUACCACAACACCACGAACAACACCUUCAGGGUGGUGGGCGUCAAGCUGCAGGACCAGCAGGUGGUCAUCAAUUACUCCAUCGUCAAAGGCCUCAAGUACAACCAGGCCACGCCCACCUUCCACCAGUGGCGGGACGCACGCCAGGUGUACGGCCUGAACUUCGCCAGCAAGGAGGAGGCCACCACCUUCUCCAACGCCAUGCUGUUCGCCCUCAACGUGCUGAGCUCGCCUGACGGGGGAGGAGGUCCUGUUCAGGUCCAGAGGCAGAAUGGUCCGUCCUCUGAGGACAGCGAGGCACAAAGGAGGAUGCUGGAACAGCACCAGAUGCAGGCGCACAAGGAGAGAGAGCGCAGGACGUCAGGAUCAGUCGUCUCCACUCUCCAAUAUAAAGUCGCCACCCCCCCCACCCACCCUGACACUCCGCCCGGGUACAGACACUACAGGGCUAGCACCCUGCCGCCCUCCUACGUGCGCGUGGCCUCCUCCUCCUCCUCCCCCCCCCUGUCCUCUGCCUCCUCCUCUCCCUCCCAGGAGAGGGAGGCCUCCAGGGACACGGGGCAGCUGUCCUCCCAGCUCUCCACCUCCCUGGCCUCCGCCUUCUCCCCCGUCCAGGGCGGGGUCGGCACCCAGGGCCGGCAGGUCCGCCAGAUCCCCCUGUCCCCUCCCACCAUCGCCCGCCACUUGCACCACCAACAACAACAACAACAACAACAACAACAACAACAGCUGUAUCAACAGCAACAGGAGAUCGUUCUCCCGCCCAAACACGGCACCUGGUCCGCCUCCCACAUGUCCCACAUGUACGCUCAGAUGCAGGCCGCCGCCGCCGCCCAGUCCCCCCCGGUCAUGAUGGCCAUGCCCGGGAAGCAGGCCCCGCCCCCGCAACCCGCCCCCCCGGUGGCCCUGCCGCUGCCCCCGCUGAGCUCCAGGCCCAAGCCCCCCCCCAUCGACACCAGCCUGGCCUCCCAGCAGUACGCCCAGCACCUGACCCCCCAGUCCAACGGCCUGCCCGAGGAGUACUACUCCCCCCACUCCCACCACCUGCCCGUCACCCCGCACUACUGCGAGGCCGUGCCCAUGCCGCCCCUGACUGGCUCUCCGGCCCAGGCCCCGCCCCCUCAGGCCCCGCCUCCUCAGGCCCCGCCCCCUGGCCAGUACCCCUCCAGCUUCCAUCCUCAACAGCAAAUGCAACAACAACAACAACAACAACAACAUCAGCUACAACAGCAGCAGCAGCAGAUGUACCAUCAACAGCAGCAGCUGUACCAGCAGCAGCAGCAGGUUUACCAGCAGCAGGCUCUGCCCCCCUCCUCCUCCUCCUCACCCCCCUCUUACACUUACGUGUCUGAUGGGGGCUCGCCCAAGAAGGCCCCCUCCCCGGUGCCCCAGCAGGCCCCAGGGGCCCGCAGCAGUCCCCCUGUCUCCGCAGGUCACCCGGCGUCCAUGCUGUCCGUAGCCCCCCCCCCUGCCCCCGUCCUACCGCCCAUGGCCGGACCGCCCGCCCCGCCGCCCCCUCCGGGGCCCCCGCCCCCUCCCAUGGCGGUGCCCCCGCCCAUGCCCCCUCCGCUGCCCGCCGGCGGAGGCCCUCCCGGGGGCCCGCCCGGGCUCAUGCAGCCCGCCGGGCUCGCCGCCGCGCUGGCCGGCGCCAAACUACGUAAAGUGCAGCGCGAUGAGAGCAGCCCCCCGGGGUCGGGCGGCUCCCGGAGCGACUCCAACCGCUCCAGCGGCGGCAGCGGGGGCGGAGGGGAGGGGCUGAUGCAGGAGAUGAACGCCCUGCUGGCUCGGAGGCGGAAAGCAUCAGAGAAACCUGAUGAAGACGACUCCGGCGGUCGUGGACAGAAUUCUACAGAUGCCCUGAAGAAGCCGUGGGAGCGGUCUAACUCGGCUGAGCGCUCCUCGCUGGUGUCUAGAGUGAGGCCUGUCGGCAGCUCCAGUGAAGCAGACACAGAGUUCGACAGAAUGAAGCAGGAGAUCCUGGAUGAGGUCGUACGUGAAUUGCAUAAAGUUAAAGAUGAGAUCAUCAAUGCCAUUAGACAAGAGAUUGGCAGAAUCAGCACGUCCUAGUGUCUCCUGAACACCAGUGGGAGGAGCCAGAGGAUCGGCAGACAGUCACAGACCUCAGGAAUGUUUCCCGCCAUGUUUCUGUGACGCCAUGUUGAACAGUCACUGAGCCGUGAUGGAAGUUACAGAAAUGCUGCGCCAAACAUUUCUCAAUCUGCCGCAGAACAGAGGCAUGAGGAAGCAGUGGAAACAGAGCAACGAGACGAGACGAGGACAUCGAGGGAGAGGAAAGUGAAACGUGUGAGGGAUGUGCAGGUGUGUGCGAAAGGACUUGGCUGAGAGGGGGAAUAUGGUGGCGGUCUGACACUCGCACUGAGUUUGGUUUUGUCACCCGCUCCGCGAGAGACCGAGAGACUCCGUCAGCCUAGGGUCGCAAAGCUAUUCUUUUCAGUCAUAAGAAAAAACACAAACAUUUUUCUAAGUUUUUACUGUUUUAUUUAAAAAUGCUGUGAUGAUGAUGAUGAUGUUGCAAUUAAUGACAAUGAUAAUUUGAUUGAUAUUGUAGGAGAAACCACCCUUGCACAUACUUUGUCAGCCUUUUAUAUUUUCAACUGUUUCUAUUUAGUUGUCCCGUAGUCAAACCUUAAAGGAACAAAAAGCACAAUACGGGCAGACAAGGUGUUUCAGACGCACCUGUCCAGUUUUCAAACGCCGUUGCGAUGGCCUUGUUCAUAUUGACAUGUGGUUCUAUCCUACUCAAAAAAUGUUGGGUGCCAUGUAGCUGAGUAUCUCAUUUGAUCCAGAAAUGGAUCUUUAGAUAAUCCCCUGCGUCCAAGGUCAACAAUAAAACCAGAAUAACUGGAUCUCCCAUUCCAGUCCAGUCCUGCUCCAGUGUGAUCCAGGCAUCACGCGGAAUCAGGUUGAAUCAGGCUGAAUCAGGUGUCUGUGUGGGGGGGUCAGAGCAGCUGAGCGGAUGGGGGGGGGGGGGGGGGGGGGAUCAUUCAAAAACAGGCCCAUAACUGUAAAUGUGCCACCUCUUUUUUGCCUAGAUAUUAAACAAUGUAGUUGUAACUAUUAGUCACCCUAUGCUUUGUGAACCUUCCAGAUAUGCAUGAAACCCCUCACUAUAAAUUAGUUUUUCAUUGGGUUUAUUAAAGAAGGAUUUGAGGAGAUAGAACGGUCCUCGGUGGUACACUUACCAUUGUGGUUUGUUUCCUGAGGAUGCCCCUUUCUCUAUACAGAUGAAGUAUCUUGAACAACGGUAGCUGUUUAAAAUGUAAUAGGUGGUGCUGGCAACAUAGAAAUGUGAUGGCUUGAAAUGUGCAGAAGGGGUAGUGGUACGUGACAAUGGCUAAAUGUCUGUCUGAAGAGAGUCGUCAAUUGAAUUGAUGGGUUGUGGUUUCAUUCUAUCUGCUCGCCAAUACCCCUCAAAGUCUUGGAAGUGAACUCAUUCAAACAAAAACAAUAUACCUGUCAACAAUUAA